AUGCCGAACUUUGAAAAAUCACUAGGUCUGGACGACCUUUCGGACGAAACAAUCAGACCGCGACCAGGCUUCUGGUUGUGUAACACACGGAUUCCAAGAUUCCCACAUAAAACCAAAGUCACCUUUGGUUGUUUGUUGCAGUUGCGCGUGCCACUGGACAUUAAGUUCCGGGCGAAACAAAAGGAUCUCAGCGUCAACUUCACAAAGAAACAUCUGACCUGCGGCGUGAAAGGACAGCCGCCCAUCAUUGAUGAUGAUUUUCCGCACGAAAUCAAGCUGGAAGAGUCGACGUGGGUGAUCGAAGAUGGCAAAGUUCUGCUGUUCAACUUUGAGAAGGUGAACAAGAUGAACUGGUGGAGUAAACUGGUGAACGGCGACCCGGAGAUUAGCACGAAGAAAAUCAACCCGGAGCCCUCGAAGUUGAGCGAUCUGGACGGCGAAACUCGCGGGAUGGUGGAGAAGAUGAUGUACGACCAAAGGCAGAAGACGAUGGGACUGCCCACCAGCGACGAGCAGAAAAAACAGGACGUUAUCAAGAAGUUCAUGGAACAGCACCCCGAAAUGGACUUUUCCAAGUGCAAGUUCAACUAGGCCAGUAUUUGCACAGAAUUUCCCUAAUUGGGCACCAUUUAAUUUUUUUUCCAAUAAAAACUCGUUUGUAUAAAA